AUGGGACUUACCGUCUUACCCGCUUUAAUUCCCGACAUACCCAAAGUGUACGAUGCGUACUUCGCGGCGUUCAAGGGGUCGGCGAUACUCGAUCUCCUAUUCCCCUCAGGGAUAGACGAUGGUUUCCGCGAGGGCCACACAAAGCACACACUUAGCUACUGGCAUACGAGCGGAACCCAGUACACGGUCAAGUGCGUCGACGCGGAGACUGGCGAGGUCGUGGGAAUGGCCUUAUGGGACGUUUUCCUCAAGGAGCGCACCCCUGAAGAGUACAAGAACCCCGGCGUCACCUGGCUCGAGGGUGAACAGAGAGAGAGGGCCGAGGAGUUGAUCAACCCGAUCUGUGACGCCAAAGCAAAGAUUUGGGGUGGCAGGAGACAUGUUUACUGUCAUGUUGUUGCAGUAAAGCCUGAGCACCAAAGACGUGGUGCUGGCGCACUUUUGACAAAAUGGGGGCUUGACAUGGCCGAGUUGGCGGGCUUGCCGGUUUACCUUGAGUCGUCAGAAGAAGGCUUCCCGCUUUACAAGCGGUUGGGUUUUGAGGUGCUGGACGAGAAGAUUGUACACCGGGCUGGACUGGUGGGCACUGAGAAGGAUGUUGAGGUUCCCUUGAUGGUCAAGAUGCCAUCCUGUGCGAAAGGGCUGACUUUCAAGCAAUGGCGGUCUCAAGGAUACCCGCCGUUGAAGUAA